AUGGCCGAGAACACGGUCCUCAUCUUCUUCAGCGACAAUGGGGGGCAAGUCGAGGAGGGGGCCAGCAACUGGCCGCUCCGCGGCUGGAAGGGCAGCCUGUGGGAGGGCGGGGUCCGCAGCCAGGUCAACGCCUCGACUGUAUGUCCCCUGGAGGCCUUCAUCCACUCGCCCCUGCUCCCAGCCAGCAUGGUCGGGCAGUCCUGGGGCGGCCUCGUGCACAUCUCGGAGGCCGGCGUAUACGGCAGCCUGCGCUGGGGGCGGCCGGGGCGGUCGGGGAGCGAGGCUGGCCGGCGUCCUCCGGGCAUCACCGACAUGAUGCCUACGAUCCUGGGGCUCGCGCAGCCCGGCGGCGGCUCCUCGCGCGCGCCGGCGCUCGCCACGGACGGGGUCGACUUCUGGAAGCCCCUGGCGGCCGGCUCGCCCGCCUCGGACAGGCAGGAGAUCCUGCUCAACAUCGACCCCAUGGGCCCCUGCACGCCAGAGGUGGUCCGCGCCGGCGCCCCGUGCGACUCGAAGUGGGGCGUGCGCAACGCCGCGCUGCGCGUGGGCGAGUGGAAGCUCAUCCAGCGGUACCCCGGCGACUGGCCCAGCCCCCGCGCGUGGCCCGCCAACCACGGGCCCAGCCACCAAGACGAGUGGCGCGCGCCGCCCGACUACGACGUGCCGGCCGACAAGCUGAGGCACUCGUCGGCAGAGGGCUGCGGCCCGUGCUCGUUUACCAAGGAGGAGAUGGACCAGAAGGUCUUCGACGACUCCAAGGUUUGCUUAUUCAACAUCGAGAGGGACCCCGAGGAGCGCUGCGACCUGUCGAAGGCCCUGCCCAGCGUGGUGCAGCAGCUGGUGGAGCGGCUGCAUGCUCACAACAGGACCGCCGUCCCGGUCAGGUACCCGAAGGAGAGGCCCGAGAG